UAAGACAAGAAAAAAGUAUAAAGCAGUCAUUUUGAUAUCUCAAGUUAGAGAGAAGAAAGAUGGCAGCCAUUUUGAAGGCUUUGGUCCUAUGCAUUUCUUGUGUGGCAUUUUCAGCUGCAGUUUAUCUAGAUGGCUGGGGAGGUGGCACAGCAAACAGAAAUCCUCAAAGUGCUACUUGGGAAAAAAUCUUCGAAAGCAAUACCCGAUCAUCAGUACUUCCCUUGUUUAGACAUGACAAUAAGUUAUAUUACAUGGGCGUACAUUUUCGGGCAAGAUGGCAAAAUGCUUUCCAAUUCUGUGAAUCACUUCAUAUGAAACUUCUAACAAUACAUUCAAACGAAGAAAACAACAGAAUUCAUAAAUACAUUAGAGAUGCUAGCAAAGGAACCGAAUACUGGAUCGGAGGUACCCGUUUGGUAGAUGGAUCCAGCUGGGUAUGGAUGCCAUACGGAACGCAAAUCGAUUACACCAAAUGGUCUAACGGUCAACCAAGUGACAUUAACGAAAAGUGUCUACAGUUAUGGAUAACUGACAAUCAGUUAACAUGGAAUGAUCGUGACUGCAACGCUGAGUUCUACUUCAUCUGCGAAAGGUACGUGGACUCGAAUGAUAGUGGACCUCCAGGAGCAUCACUUUAAUGGCUUAUAUUAAGCUGUUUUAAUUCUUUGUGCCAUUAAAAGAUAACAUGUAUUA